AUGGCUUCGCCGGCGCCGGCAGCCGACGGUGCCGUGUAUGCGACCAAUGGUGGCCUCACUGACCCACUUCUAGUGAGCGCGAACGGCCACGGUGCCGCCCCGAGGAAGGCUGCCUACGGCGCCAAGGGCAAGUACUGGGUGGCCGCUGACAAGGCCGAGAGGCGAGCUGCGAAGGAGGCCGGCGGUGAGGAGGGCCGCGCGCUGCUGUUCCGGAAGUAUAAGGUCAAAGGCGUCCUCCUGCACCCCUACAGGUUGCUGAUCAUCAUCCGAUUAAUCGCUGUCCUCGUCUUCUUCGCAUGGCGCAUCAGGCACAACAAAUCUGACAUCAUGUGGUUUUGGACAAUGUCCAUAGUUGGCGAUGUUUGGUUCGGCUUCUCGUGGCUCCUCAACCAGCUCCCAAAGUUCAACCCCGUCAAGACCAUCCCAGACCUGGCCGCCCUCAAGCAGCACUUUGACUUCUCUGAAGGCACCUCUAGGCUCCCCGGUAUUGACGUUUUCGUCACCACUGCCGACCCCAUUGAUGAGCCCAUACUCUACACCAUGAACUGUGUCCUCUCCAUCCUCGCUGUUGACUACCCAGUCGACAGGCUUGCCUGCUAUCUCUCAGAUGAUAGCGGGGCACUGAUUCUCUACGAGGCAUUGGUCGAGGUCGGAAAGUUCGCACCUCUGUGGGUUCCAUUCUGCCGCAAGUACUCCAUUGAGCCAAGGGCACCAGAAAGCUAUUUUGAGCAUGUGGCGCCACCGCAGGCUGGAAGGGUGACGCAGGAGUUCUUGAAUGAUUAUAGGAGGGUGCAAAUGGAGUAUGAUGAGUUCAAGGUGCGCUUGGACAACCUCCCUGAUGCCAUCCGCAAGAGAUCUGAUGUUUAUAAUAGCAUGAGAGCUGCAGAAGGAGAUCAAAAGGCAACUUGGAUGGCAAAUGGGGUUCAAUGGCCCGGCACAUGGAUUGAUCCAACAGAAAACCAUAGAAAAGGACACCAUGCUCCAAUUGCUAAGGUUGUGCAGGACCAUCCAAGCCGUGGACAGCAUCAUGGUUCACAGCCCAUUACUGAAAGCAAUCUCAACAUUGGCACCACUGAUGAGCGCCUCCCAAUGCUUGUUUAUGUCUCUCGUGAGAAGAACCCAAGUUAUGACCACAACAAGAAGGCAGGUGCCCUGAAUGCACAACUGCGGGCCUCUGCUCUCCUCUCUAAUGCCCAACUCAUCAUCAACUUUGACUGCGACCACUACAUCAACAAUUCUCAAGCCCUAGGUUCGGCUGUCUGCUUCAUGCUAGAUCAACGGGAUGGUGACAACACCGCAUUUGUUCAGUUCCCACAGCGCUUCGACAAUGUUGACCCCACAGACCGCUAUGGUAACCACAACCGUGUCUUCUUUGAUGGGACCAUGCUUGCCCUUAAUGGUUUGCAAGGACCCUCAUACCUCGGCACGGGUUGCAUGUUCCGUCGCUUAGCACUCUAUGGUAUUGAUCCACCCCACUGCAGAGCAGAAAACAUCACAGCCGAAGCUAGCAGGUUUGGUAACUCCACAAUCUUCCUAGAUUCAGUGUCAAAAGCCCUGAGAAAUGACAGGUCAAUCACACCACCACCAAUUGAUGACACAUUCCUUGCUGAAUUAGAGAGGGUUGUAACAUGUUCUUAUGACAAAGGUACUGACUGGGGCAAGGGUGUAGGGUACAUCUAUGACAUAGCCACUGAAGAUAUAGUAACUGGAUUUCGCAUCCACGGGCAGGGGUGGCGCUCUAUGUAUUGCACAAUGGAGCAUGACGCGUUCUGUGGCGUUGCACCAAUCAACCUAACUGAACGCCUCCAUCAAAUUGUGCGAUGGUCUGGUGGGUCUUUAGAGAUGUUCUUCUCCCACAACAACCCAUUCAUAGGUGGUCACCGGAUUCAACCCCUUCAGCGUGUCUCCUACCUCAACAUGACAGUCUACCCAGUCACAUCAGUCUUCAUCCUGAUCUAUGCUCUAAGCCCGGUGAUGUGGCUUAUCCCUGAUGAAGUAUACAUCCAGAGACCAUUCACUAGGUAUGUCGUGUACCUUCUCGUAAUCAUAGUGAUGAUUCACAUGAUUGGCUGGCUUGAGAUAAAGUGGGCGGGGGUCACAUGGCUGGACUAUUGGCGCAAUGAGCAGUUCUUUAUGAUCGGCUCAACAAGUGCAUAUCCAAUGGCAGUGCUUCACAUGGCAGUGAACCUCCUCACAAAGAAGGGCAUACACUUCAGGGUCACUUCCAAGCAAACAGCCGCAGAUGACAAUGACAAGUUUGCUGACUUGUAUGAUUUUCGAUGGGUGCCAAUGCUCAUCCCAACAAUGGCAGUUCUGAUCUGCAAUGUUGGUGCCAUUGGUGUAGCUCUGGGCAAAACAGUGGUAUACAUUGGAACAUGGACAGCGGCAAAGAAGAUGCAUGCAGCAUUGGGUCUGUUGUUCAACAUAUGGAUCAUGUUUCUCCUCUACCCAUUUGCACUAGCGAUCAUGGGGCGGUGGGCGAAGAGGCCAAUCAUCCUUGUAGUCUUGCUGCCGGUUGUCUUUGCACUUGUUGCGCUGUUGUAUGUAGGUGUCCAUAUCUUACUUGCUGGUGUAAUUCUAUUCUAG